AUGCCGAUGCGCGCUAGACGCUCGUUCGUGGGUAUGGUAUUGUGCACGACCUUGUACCACGUGUCUCUAGCUUCUGGAGGCCCCGGUCCGGCGGCGUACGCGCUGCCCGGUACGGUGGGGCUGGAGGACCACGACCCGACACGUCACCGCGCGCCCGGCUACACCAUGGCCGGCGUGCAGCAGAGGAGCUACGAAUCGGUAGGGCCCGGACCGGCGCACGGCGUGCCUCAGGGCAUGACGAGGAACGGGCCGGCGCCACACGUCGGCGUGCCCAUCUCCGGACCCUGGACCAUUCUGCGCACGUUGUCGGUGCCGGGCCCGGGCGCCCACCGACCGGAGGACUUCCCGCCGCAGGGGCGGCGCGCGCCCGUCUACAGCCUGCGCUUCCGCGAGGGACCGCGCCGAAAGCGCGGCCCCGCGCCGGCGCCCAUCGACUACGCGCUGCCCUCCUGCCUGGGCCACCACGUGCCCGACAAGCCCUCCUCGCCGGCCUACAACAUGUGUCACGUGCCCCGCGCGCCCAAGUACGCGCAGACGCCGGGGCCGGACGUGUACUACCCGCAGCUCGGCCGGCGCGGACCCCACUACACUGCGAGCGGGCCCAAUUACCCGCCGGGCGACAAGACGGUCAAGCCGGGCCCGGACACUUACCUGCCUCCAAUGGCAGGACGGCGCGCGCCGCGCUUCUCCUUCGGUGUGCGCCAUUCCGAGUGCAUCAACUCGCCCGCCUCCGGCAUCGACAACGACUACCCACCUUUCUACUGCCCUCCCACCAGUUAA